UUUUUUUUUUUAAAAAAAAAAACUGCUUUCCAUGAUAAUAUCGGAUAACUCCAAAAACACAAUCAAUUUUCGUUAAUAAGCUUGUUAUUAUGGACAGAAUAUUAUUUGGUCCUAAUAAUGAUAACGGUGAUGGCGGUGGAUUAAAUUCCAAUAGAGGUGGUAGAGGAAAUAAUAGAGGCAACUCUGGUCGUGGAGGACGUGGUGGUGGAGGAGGACGUGGUGGACGUGGUGGUGGUGGAGGACGUGGUGGUGGUAGAGGACGUGGAAAUAAUAGACGAGGUGAUAAUAAUCGUAACAAUACACCACCUACACCACCUCCACCAAGAUUAACUAUUCCUCAAAUAAGACAAUCACAACAAGAAACCACUAUUGCAAAUUUUAGUUCAUCAGAAUUAUCAUAUAAAGGUAGUGAUAAAAUAAUUUUUAUUACUAAUGGGGAUCCUAUUAAACAUAUUUGGAAGAGAGUAUUAAAAAAGGAUGGUCCUUGGAAUCAAAAUGAUGUUAGAUUUUUUGUUAGUUCCGCUUUAGUAGCAACGGAUUCUAAAACCGGUUAUAAAGUAGAAGAAAUUGUAUCAGAAUUAGGUAAUCCUGAAAGUGGUCUUAGGAGAUUGAGAGAAAUUAUGAAUUUUCCAAUGUCAUGUGAUGCGGGUCUUAGAGAUGAUGUAUUAUCAUUCCAAUAUGUUAUAUUACCUUUAUUGGGUUUAUUGACUAGAACUGCGAUUACUGAUUGUAAUUUGGAAAAAUACGUUCAUGCCAUCUUUACGGCCGUUUAUACAAACCUUGAACAAUUUCUUUAUAAUAAUGUGAUGAAAAUGUUGGAGAUGUUGUUGGGGCGUAAUUCAGUUGUAGAUCGUGUAGUUAACGCUGAAGCAUUGCUAGCACGCGAACGUUACGCAUUUAUUCCAUCCUCUUUAGGAAUAUUUUUCUUAAUAAUCGUAAGACUUCUAACAGAAUUAUUACGUCGUAUCAAAGAAGCAUCCGUUAAUGAAACUAUGCAUAAAAUUUUCCACGAUUUACAACGAUUAAAAACUACUUAUCAACAAACAAUCAAUCAACAACGACUAUUUUUCAGUUCAACAGAUCCAUUAAUUGAUGAUUUAGAAACUAGAGAAUAUUUUUUCACUAUAUUAGAAAAAGAGAUGAAAACCAUGAAUAAAAUGUUAAAUAAUGGUCGUACCAAUUUAAUAUUUGAACAAAAUCCUGAUCCAAAAGAUUUAACUCGAUUAUAUUAUAAAGAAUUGGCUAGAAAAGUUGAUGCAAAAAGAAUUUAUGAUCCACCAGGAGAAUUAUCAAAAGAAGGUCAAAGGCAUGAUAAUGAUUUUGUUGAAAUUGAGAAAAUAUCAAUUAUUCCUACCAGAGAAGAAGUUUUAUGUGAACGAAAACCUUUUUUACCUUCUACACUUACUGAUUCAUUACACUUUUUACCUUAUGGUGUAAGUAGGUUACUUGAUACACAAUUUCGUCUUUUAAGAGAAGAUAUGUUAAAUCCUAUUCGCGGAGGUAUUUAUAAUUUCUUAAAUGCGUUAUUAAAAGAUUGGUCAUCACCUAACAAUAAUAGUAAACUAUCUGCGGAAUUAAAGAAAAUACAAGAAAGAGGAGGUAGAUUUAAAUAUAAUAAUGGAAUAAGUGAUAAUGGUGAUUUACAAGUAUAUACUCAUGUACAAUUCGUUAGAAUUAGUUGUAAUAAAAAGAAAGGAUUUUAUUGUACUGUAAGAUUCAACUCUCCAAGAUUUCGUAAUUCAGGGAAUCAAAGAGGUAGAAAAGAAUAUUGGGAAAAAACAAAAAAAUUAUUAACUGGUAGUUUAAUUGCUAUCUUACUACCAAAUCCAGAUUCUAAACAAACAAGACCUAAUAACGCUUUUAAUAAUAAUUAUGUUUCUAUAAGUAAAUCUGAUUUAUAUUCAAUAUAUUUUGGUGUUGUAGCAUUAAGAGACGAAAAUUCAUUAUCUAAUCAUGCAGAUUAUUGUGAUAUUGAUAUUUCUUUUAUCGAUCCAUCAAUUUAUCCUAUUGCAUUAAACGAAAUUUCAAGAUUUGAAGGAAUAAAUAGGAAUUCUUUAGAAAAAAGAUUUAUGGUAGAGUCAACUGGCGUUUAUUUCGAAUCUUAUUAUCAUAUACUUAAAACUCUUAAAGAAACUGAUCCUAAUGUUAUGCCCUUUGACAAAUAUUUGGCUCCUAAUCUUGACGAUUUUAAUAAUAAUGGUGAUGAAAAUGUUGAAGGAGGAUGGAGAAGAGAUAUUAAUAAUUUAACUGGUAGUAGUAGUAAAUCUAUCAUAGAUGUUAUGGUUGGAAAUCCUUUAUAUACUGUAGCGCCAGGGUUUCAAUUUGAUUUGUCUGUUUUAUUUAAAAAUGAACAAAGUGUGAAAUUGAGCGUUGCUGAAACAUUUUCACAUAAUGAAGUGGUAAAAGUUAUUGAAGAAAAAAGUAAAGUCGGUAAAUCAUCCAGUGGAGUUACUUACGGAUUGGACGAAACUCAAGCACAGGCGUUGAUAUAUGCUUUAACGCGUGAAAUUGCUUUAAUCGAAGGACCACCUGGUACUGGUAAAACUGUAGUCGGUAUUCAAAUAAUGAAAGUAUUAUUGGCAAAAGAAAAUCGUAAAACAGGAAUCGGUCCUAUUUUAACUAUUUGUUUUACAAAUCACGCUCUUGAUCAAUUCUUGGAGCAUUUACUUGAUGAAGGUAUAACGAAAAUAGUCAGAUUAGGUUCUCGGUCAAAAUCAGAUAGGGUCAGAGAACUUAGCUUAGAUAACAAAUUUUAUAGAAGCUCUUCUGAUGCAUCUCAUCAAUUAGCAAGAUCAUUAAGAGCAAUUGAAGAAGAAGUUAAAGAUAUGACAGAUACUAUAUUUAAAAGACAUUUAAAGUGGGAUGAUAUAAAAGCACAUUUGAAGGUUAAUGAAAGGAGAUUUUUUAAUAAAUUUAAUUAUGUAACUUAUAAUGAGUUACCUAAUUGGGUUUUGGGUAAUGGUUCUCAAAAAUCUGUUGAUGGUUUUGAAGUUGUUCGAAAAAAGAAAAAGAAAAAGUUACCAACAUUUGAAAGAUGGGUAAAGGGGGAAGAUAUUGCAGUAAUUAAUAAAAGAAAAUUGGAUUUUAUAGAACUAAGAAAUAAUAUUAAGAAAAUUAAUGCGAAAGGAUCAUAUCAUAAUACUUUUGAAGUAUUAGGCGAUAAUGGUGGUGAUGAAGAGAGUUCAAAUGAUGAUUUGCUAGUUGAUUACGUUGAUUACGAUACGAUAUAUUGGGUUGACAAGUAUGAAGAACCAAAAACAGAUCGUCCUAUAGAAGAAUUAUUAAAGAUUUAUUCAAUCUGGAAAAUGUCAAGAGUAGAAAGAAUAAGACUUCAUGAUCAUUGGCGUGCAAUAAUAUAUAAAAGAGUUGAAAAAAGACUAUCAGGUUUACAAAAAACGUAUGAUGUCAACCGCAAAGAAUUGGAUGAUAUUAAUGAUGAAGAGCGUCGUGAAAUAUUAUUAAAGAGUGAUGUUAUUGGUAUGACCACAAAUGGUGCAGCUAAAUUUCAAGAAUUAAUUAGAUCUGUUGAUCCUAAAGUUAUUGUUUGUGAAGAAGCUGGUGAGGUUUUGGAAGCUCAUAUUCUAAGUGCAUUAACUCCAUCAACUCAACAUUUGAUAUUAAUUGGAGAUCAUAAUCAACUUCGACCUAAUGUUGCGACUUAUACUCUUAGUAUGGAUUCACAAAUAGGAAAGAAUUAUCAAUUGGAUCAAUCAUUAUUCGAAAGAUUAGUUAAAGGUGAUAAUGCAGUUAAAAUCGAGAAAGCUCGACUCUUAACUCAGAGACGUAUGAGAAAAGAAGUUUCCGAUUUAAUUAGAAAUACACUUUAUUCAAAUUUGGUUGAUGGGGAUAAUACUGCAAGAUACGAGAAUAUACGUGGAGCUCAACAAAACGUAUAUUUUAUUGACCACAGGCAUCCAGAAGAUGGUUCCGGUGGCGAUUUUGCAAUACAGUCUCAUGCAAACAAGUAUGAAGUUAAAAUGGUAGUUGAGAUGGUAAAAUAUUUCGUUAGGAAUGGAUAUACUAAACAAGAUGAUAUAGCCGUACUUACUCCUUAUUUAGGACAAAUGAUGAAAAUUAGAGAAGCAUUAGCAAAAUCAUUUGUUGUUGUUGUUGAUGAAAGAGAUGAAGAGAAUAUUACUCAAUUGGAAGAAGAUCGAGAUGGUGAAGAAAAUGAUGAUAAAAAUAAUAAGAAUAUAAUUGAUGAAAGUGUGAGUGUAGCUUCAACAAAAUCAUUAAAUCAACAAGUUACUUUAAGGACUGUUGAUAAUUUUCAAGGUGAAGAAGCAACUAUAAUUAUUGUUUCAUUGGUUCGUAAUUUCUCCGGAACCGGUGGUCAUGAUACAAUUGGAUUUCUCAAAAGUACCAAUAGAAGUAAUGUUUUAUUGUCACGUGCUCGGGAAGGAAUGUACCUCAUCGGUAAUUCGGAAUUAAUGGCAUCAAGAUCUAAAGAUAUGUGGGAACCUGUAAUUAAAAUGUUACGUGAGCGUGAUCCACCACAAGUUGGUUUUGGUAUGCCAAUUGUAUGCAAUCGUCAUCCUAAUUACAAACAUAUUAUAACUGAACCUGAACAAUUUGAACAAGUUAGUCCUGAUGGUGGAUGUAAAGAACAAUGCGACAUGCUACUUCCUUGUGGACAUGCGUGUACUCAGAAAUGUCAUUCAGAUGAUCCUAAACACGUUGGAGUCCAAUGUUUUAAACGUUGCACAAGAUUACAAUCAGGAUGUAAUCAUCCGUGUCCAAAACUUUGUUAUGAAGAUUGUGGAAGGUGUGAAUUUUCCGUUGGAGAUAUUGUAUUGCUUUGUGAUCAUGAAUUUAAAAAUGCUAGAUGUUGGCAAGAGAAAAAUAAAGAAAAAAUUAAAUGUAAACAUCUAAUUGAUAUUACAUUGCCUUGUGAUCAUAUAUUAAAAGAUGCUGAAUGUUGGCGAGAGGAAAAUAAAGAAAGUAUCAGGUGCACUCAUCAUAUUGAUAUUAUAUUACCUAAUUGUGGUCAUAUAUUACGCGAUGAAUGCUGUAAAGAACAAACUAAAGAGACACUCAAAUGUGAAUUUCCUAUGGGGGAUAUUAUAUUAGAUUGUGGUCACAUAAAACGUAACGUUGAAUGUUGGCAAAAUCAAAUGGGACUUAUUUGUACGGAAGUAGUUACAGUAAAAUUACCAUCUUGUGGACACAACAAAGUCAUGAAUUGCAAUGCAUCAGUCGAUUAUGCUAAAUGUAAAGAGAAGUGCGGAAAACAAUUAGCAUGUGAUCAUGAAUGUUUAAAUGAAUGCCAUGAAUGUCAAGAACUUUCUUCACAAAUAAGUGGAGAUACAAACGUCCCUAUUGAACGCGUAUUUCAUGGAAAAUGUAAAGUAUUAUGUAACAAGCUAUUAUUUUGUGGGCAUUCAUGUAGACAAUAUUGCCAUAAAGGAGAAUGUUCACCUUGUAAGAAUAGAUGUUCAAUAUCAUGUGAGCAUACAAGAUGCAAUAGAAAUUGUCUAGAUCCUUGUGCUUUAUGCGCAGAAAAAUGUUCUUGGGAAUGUAGACACCAAGGAAGAUGUGAGUUAAGUUGUGGAAUCCCUUGUUCUAGAUUACCCUGUAAUGAAAGAUGUGGUAAAGCAUUGAAAUGUGGACAUAAAUGUGCUGGAGUUUGUGGUGAGGUAUGCCCUUCAAAAAUCGAUUUUUGUGUUGUAUGUGCCCCUGAAAAAGUUAAAAAUCAAGUAUCAGACACGAUUAGCGAUAUCAUUUUUAGUGAGAUAGAUUGGAAUCAAGAAAGAAUGAUUGUUCUUUCUUGUGGUCAUGUAUUUACCAUGAAAAGUAUGGAUGCGUUGAUGGAAAUGAAGAAUUAUUACGAAGGUUCAAAUGAAGGAGGAUGGAUAUCACUUAAAGAACUUCCAACUCCAUCAACGGAUAUAAAAACGUGUCCGGAAUGUAAUUCACCAAUUAAAAAUAUAAAGAGAUACGGAAGAGUAAUUAAAAAACACACAUUAGACACACAAAACAAAAAAUUCUUAUUAAAAUAUCAUUUCCAAUUAGAAGGAAUUAGAAAACAAAUUAAUUCGGUCUUUGAAAAAUUGGGAAAAAAUAGAAGACAGUUAAAGAAGGAUUUAAUUGAGAUUCUUGAAUCUGAAUCAAUACAAAAAGGAGAGGUAACAUUUAAAGAAUGUAAAAAUAGAGGACUACCUGAAAUUACUCCUUAUUAUUAUUUUGAAAAUAUUGAAGUAUAUCAUGGAUUUGAUGAGAAUACUGAACAAGUUUGGAUUAAUCACGUUAGAAAAUUAUUAAAACGUUAUGAUGAGUUAACAUUUAUUAUUCGUGCCACGAAAUUUCCUCCUCAUAAAAAAGCUUUGGAAGCUUCUAUAACUAAUUUAAACGCAAAUAACGCAGAUCUCGAAGAACAAUUAAUUACACAAUUAUCAGAUCUUCAUAUUGGGGGUCCCUCCUCAAAUUCAAAUUCAAAUUCAAAUUCUACCCCUCCUGAAUAUUUACAAUUUACUUCGCAAGUAGAUCGUAAAAUUUAUUUAGAUGCAGUUUUCGAAAUGAUCAAUGUACAAAAAAUUCUAUAUGGUGAAAUUUUAUUCAUAAUUCAUACAUUCGAAUCUGAAUUUAAUAUUAGAGAAGAAAUAUGGAUUACUUUUGCUCAAAGACUACAACAAACUAUUCAACAACAUCUUUAUGCAAUAAGAGAAGCUGCAGAAUUGGCUAAUUACGGUAGAUACUUUCUUUUAGUUAAUGUAGAAAUAUUAGAACUUGAUCUUAAAAUGAUUGCGUAUCAAUUAAGAUAUCAACAAAAUGAUACCCUUAUUGAUAAUGCAACUCAAAAGAGAACUAAGAAAAAAUGUGAGGGUAUUAAGGAAAGAACCGUAGAAGUAUGUAAAAAUUAUAGAGCCAAUGAUAAUAAUGAAAUCGAAGGAAGAGCAUUUAAGAGUGAUAUUUAUAAAAGAUUAGAAAUUUUAUGGGAAAAUUGUGAUAAAGUUAUAAAUUGCGUUGAAAAUUCGAGCACAAGUGUUGAUAGUUUUUUAGGAACUGAAGAAUUAUCAGAAAUGAAAAGAAUUGAUCAAAUUACGAGACUUAAACUUAAUAAAUCAGGUCAUUGGUAUGAAUGUUCCAAAGGUCAUCCGUAUAUAAUUGAAGAAUUUAAUGAAGCUACUGGUUGUCCUGAUUGUAAUAUGUUUGUCAUCAAUUAACUGAAUAGGUUCAGAAUUUGUCUUAUAUAUAGAUUCUUAAGUGUUAGUAUUAAAUGUAUAACGAAAAAAUAUUUAUUAUAAAUUUUGGAUUUUAGUAAUAAAGAAAUCUUUCCGUAACGUAAAUAAUAUAAAUUUGUUUGCACUUAUUUAUCAAAAAUGAGAUUUAUCCCCAAUUUCUUGAGCAGUUCACUGUAAUUAUGCAUAAUAAUGAUUAUUGUGAGCGAUUGAUUAAUUCAUGGUGGUGAAUUAACUCAUGGUAAUUUGACAAUACAUCGUAUAAUGCCGAAAUAUAUACACCAGACCUGAUAUAAAAUAUAAAAUAACACAUGCCGAAUUGCCGUAAUGCCG